AUGCCUGUGUACACGGCUCUAGUCUCUGCUCCCUUGAGCCAACCAGCAAUACCGACCGAGCCCGAUGUUCAGCCCGGUUCCCGGGCUAGACGCUCGGCUCGCUCGAGGUUGGGACCCCAGGGGGCGGGGGCCAUGGAGGAACCACGGCAGGACAUGCAUGGCCAGGCGGCACAUGAGCCCGAGCAGAUGAUGCAAGAGCCUGAACCCGAAGACAACCGAGCUAGUGCGUUUGAGCGACUCCGACCAGCAAUGAGGCAACGAUUGGGACCGCAGGAUCCAAAUAGGCGCUCGGUUGAUUCUCCCAUGCGAGCGGCCAGUCAAGCAGGGUCGUCAGGACAUAGUGGGUCUCAAGCACAUCGUCGCCGACGGGCUCGGGAACCAACCCGUACGGUCGAGCAAGACGGUCGACAAGCCGCUCGCACGGUUGAACAAGACGAGACCCGAGGACUGUUGAACGACUUCCGCGCAGAAUUCACUCGCUGGCAGAACGAGCAUGCCUCAAGGCCUCCUCCUGAUCAUACCGCUUCAUUAUUGCGGAUACCCUUCACGGCGGAGAUCAUGGCUCAACCCUACCCGCUCGAUUUGCGAAUCCCUGGAAACAAAGAAUAUGAUGGCCGGACAGACCCGGAGGUCCACAUCAACACUUACUAUGGCAAUAUGCUGAUGAUGGGCAUAACUGACGCCGUGAUGUGCCGGGCCUUUUACUCGACGCUUUCUGGUCGGGCAGCCGAGUGGUUCAGAACAUUGCAACCGGGGUCCAUUUCUGAUUUCGCUAGUUUGACGACAAAGUUCACUCGGAAGUUUGUAACUUCCAAAGUUAUCUGGAAGCCUUACAUGUACCUUGAGAAGGCUAAGCAAUUGGAAGGAGAGAGCUUGACCAAUUUUUUAGUCAAGUGGAAGGCGGUAGUGGGAGAGGUCGAACCCAUGGACGACCUAACAGCCAUUCAUAUGCUACAUAUUUCUCUCCGAGCCGGUUAUUUGUACCAAUAUUUUAUACUUCACCCGCCCGCAACUUAUGAAGAAGCGCUCCGUAGAGUGACGGAUUAUGCCAAUGCUGGAGAGGCAAAUGCCGUCAAACGCUCCCAAGAGGUCGGAUCUUCCCGGAAGCCUUCUGGUCGGUCGGACAACCGGUCGGGUGAAGACCAUCCCCGACCCCGAGCUCGGCCGGGAGAUUUCACGGCGUUAAACCGAUCGGCUGCGGAAGCCAUGCAAUAUGCCCAGUCCUGCAACCUUAUUUGUCUACCUCAUCCUGGACCGGAUGGGAAGGAUAAGUCGAAACAUUGCGCUUAUCAUCGAUGCGCUGGGCAUGACACGGAGGAGUGCACACACCUAAAACAGUUGUUGGAAGACUUGCUUCAGCUGGGAAAGUUGGAUAAGUGUGUUGGAAAGCGGGAAGAAAACAAGAGAACAACCGAGAGGAAAGAUCACAGACGCUCUAAUCGUCCUGAUCGAUUGGACCAGGACUGGCGGGAUCCCGAUCCACCGUCGAGUACUCGGCAAGCAUCAAAGCCGACUAUUCAUGUUAUAUUCGGGGGCUUGGAAGAUGCUUCCCAAGCUCGGAACCCUUGCCCGGUCGCGAUCGUCGAUUCCUGGGAGACAGGUAAGAGGCAAAAAAUGGAGCCGAUCACUUUUUCUCUGGAAGAUCAACCCGAGAGCGGAAACACCGGGAUGGAAGCAUUCGUUGUUACGAUCGACAUCAUGGGAGUCGACGUACAAAGGGUGAUGGUGGAUACCGGGAGUAGCGUAAAUGUCCUUUAUUUGGACGUUUUCGAGAAAUUAAAGCUUGAUCGACGGGAGCUGAUUCCGGUCGGUGUACCCUUGUCGGGAUUUACCGGGGCUACCAUUCGCCCCGAAGGAAAAAUCGUCCUCCCGGUCGAGCUAGGAACUCCGCCCCAAGUCAGUUAA